GCCUCCUGUCUUGGCGCCGGCCCCGGCUUCGAACUUCUCUGGAAUUUUUGAUUCACUGCUCGACGCACUUCGACAGUCAGGAGAGGUGCAGGGAUCCGGGAGCUACGCCGGGGAGACCCGAAGAAGUGAAGCAGGUGAAGGCUCGCAGGCUUCCGCUUUUCCUGGGGAAGCAUCCGACGCGGGACGGUUGGGGCUUGCGGGAGAGUGGCGGAGAAGGCGGUAUCUGGAAGAAGCGGACUGGUCCGUGGCGGAUAUAUGCCAAGAGAAACAGAGGGAGACGCGUCCGGGUGCGGAUCUUUCCGACGCAGAGGCGAUGAGUCGGGCCCGGGCAGCGAGACAGUGGUCGUACCGAGAGUUCGCGACCGACCUGGCGGACCUAAUGCGGCUGCCGGCGAAGGAAGAAGAUGCGUCGGGCCUCCGGCGUCUCACAGAGGCCGUGGCAACAGCCGUUCCGCUCCCAACGGUGAGGGAAGAAGAACAAGUCCGGCAGUACUGGGGUUCUGUCCACGCAGCUCAGCGCGUGGCGACGGCCAGAAGCCGCGAGCGGAUGUUGGAGAACGCGCUCCAGGCACUGGUGCGGCUUCUGCAUUUGUCGGAGCUGCAGAGAGAGGUUUUUCUGCCUGCGUCGCUGAAUCCGCAAGAGAACGCUGACGCCCAGGCCCGGGGUGCUUCCGCCUCAGCGUCUGCGGAAGUCAGACAGAGGUGCCGCUACAUCGCCUUCGACUCCCGGUCGGGUGAGAUGGUGGCGCGGGAGGACGGGCAUCUUUUGAUUCCGUCCUUCGCCGAUGCGGCGUCGGGAGCUCUGGGCGGGGUCCAAAACCCGCAAGCCGCUGGCAUCGCCUCGCUGAAUUCUGUCGCCUUCUGGAAGGUCCUUCUGGAGUCGCUCGGCGCUCACUACCCCGCUGACAUUUGCGUGAGGUGGGAUGCAAAUAAGCGGGCUAUACUCGUGCUUCUUCUCCUCGAAAUACGGCGGAAAUGA